CAUGGGUCCUAUUGCCUACGCCCUACUGUUCAGUUUGGUGGCGGGUCUAGCCGUCGCCGAGAAGUCGGACUACUGUCUGAGUGAGAUCGUCAAGUCGGACGAGCGGAUCCGCUCGCACGGCUACCCGGCCGAGACCCACGAGGUGGUCACCGAGGACGGCUAUGUGCUGACCCUCUUCCGCAUUCCCUACUCGCACAAGUUGAAGAACCAGGACAAGAAGCGUCCGCCGGUCCUCCUGCAGCACGGCCUGUUCAGUAACUCGGACUGCUUCCUGUGCUCAGGUCCAGACAACUCCCUGGCCUACCUACUCGCAGAUGCCGGCUACGAUGUGUGGCUGGGCAAUGCCCGUGGCAACAUCUACUCGCGGCAGAACAACCUCAUCUCGCUGAACAGCCACAAGUUCUGGCACUUUAGCUGGCACGAGAUCGGAACCAUCGACAUCGCCACCAUGAUCGACUACAUCCUCGACGUGACCCAAUUCGCCAGUCUGCAGUAUGCCGGACACUCUCAGGGCACCACCGUCUACCUGGUGUUGCUCACAGAGCGCCCAGAGUACAAUAAGAAGAUCAAGUCUGGACAUCUGCUGGCCCCGUGUGCCUUCUUCGAGCACGGCCGAUCCUUCGUGUUCCGUACUUUGGGCUCGUUGGUGGGCGAGCCCGGCGGCAUUUGGAACCAGCUGAUGGUGGACACUGAACUGAUUCCGCACAAUAACCUGGUCAACCGAGUGGUGGACAAUGGCUGCCACAUGUCCGACACGAUCUGCAACAACGCCUUCAUCAUGUUCGCCAACGGAGGUUACGAGAAUGCCAAUGCGAGCUCCAUGAGCGUCCUUAUCGAGACCCAUCCGGGUGGCUCCUCCAGCAACCAGGGUAUUCACUUCCUGCAGCUGUACAAGUCGCACGAGUUCCGCCAGUACGAUUGGGGCACCAAGAAGAACAACGAGCUAUAUGGACAGGAUACCCCACCAGUCUAUGACCUCAGCAAGAUCACCGCUCCCACUCACUUGUACUCCAGCACAAACGAUGCCCUUUGCGGACCCGAGGACGUGGAUACCUUGGUCCGGGAGUUUACUCAUCUGGUGGAGGAUUACCGUGUGCCCGUACAGAGUUUCAACCAUCUGGACUUUAUCAUUGCUAGGAACAUGAAGCAAGAGGUCAACGAUCCUAUCAUCAAGCGCAUGAACUCCUACGAGGAUUUCUAAGAUCCACGAACUGCAGUAAUUUCAAGUGAUAUUUUAUUCUUGUAAACAUUUUAUUAAGUAUGAAAUUAUCAACCAAAAUGAAAUGGAAAUUUUUUGAAAGGAAAACCCCAUAA